UAUAUUGAUUACAAUUAUAAAAGUGUAAUAGGUAUAAUGUGUAGGAUUCUUAAAGAAGGUCUUCAGACUGUAACAAACAGUUAAAACUACCUAUUUAUAUAGGCCUUCUGAGGUACAAUUUAUAGGUAGUUCUUUUUGUCAGGCUGGGCCAACAAAAUGGCUUCGGGAGCCAUGCAUGCGAGUGCCCUGGCGCUGUUGGUCUUCUCAACGAUGAUCAAUGCUCUCACUAUGGAUGAAGAUGCCACAAACAAUUUGAUAUCAGUAGCGAGCUCUUCCCAUCAAACUGAAGAAGUGGCGAUAGUAGUGAGAGGUCCUCAUGGAAAGAGUGCGAGGAGAGAAGAACUCUUGCACGUAAAGGGAGCUGAAGACGAUUCCAUCUCCCUGUAUUAUAAUAGGAAGACUAAUAAAGUUUCCUUGGAGAGUCUCAAUGGCGGUUUUCUCCGCUCAGUAUCUUGGAGCCUGGGGACAUUUCCCAGAUCAACCCUCGUUUUAGUGACCACCACCAGCAGAGUGAAGCUAAUUGUGGGCUGCCACACCCUUCACUGGCAUCCGAUGGCAGGCAAACAUAAUAUGAUAGCGCUAUUCACCAACCUGAAGUUGAAACUGUACCAUGAAGAAAACGCCCCCGUAGAAGUCUACAGCAGCGAAAGAGCAGCUCUCAAUUCUCUAAGCUGUGAUGUCCAAGAAGAUCUAAUAAAACCACCAGCACUUCUUACAGUAGAUGAUGAAGAGUCAGAUGUGGAAGAAGUCAGUGAAUUUAAAGCCAAAGAAGCUCGAAGGAAAAGAGAACAAAUGUUAGGAGAUGACUAUAGAACAGACAAUAACUAUAUCGAUGGUAACCGCUCGCCGCAACCGGAGUCUCAAAGAGGAGAUAUACCCUCUGGUGUGAUUGAAACUUGUGAUGAUGAAGUGGUGCGUCAACUACAAAUGUUGCGGCAGACCAUAGACCACCUUCGGAACGAGAUCGCUGCACAGAAAGGCACCAUCGACAACCUGAGAGGCCAGCUCCGCCAGUGCUGCAACAAUCAACCCCGGGUGGAGACUUGCACUGGAUCUACUUGCUACGAUGGCGUGGAAUGCCGUAACAUACCUACUGGUGUGCAAUGCGGGCCGUGCCCUGAGGGCAUGGAGGGAGACGGACGACGAUGCAGACCAAUAACAUGCGACAGAAGACCUUGUUCUAGAGGGGAGUACUGCCUCGACAGUGAUCGUGGAUACCGCUGUCAAAGAUGUCCGGGAGGCCAGAGCAGUGACGGUCAGACUUGCCUAUCAGCCUGUAGCUCAAAUCCUUGUUUUGAUGGACGGGUCCAAUGUCAAGACCUUCCCGACGGUAGCUACCGAUGUGCCUCCUGUCCUCCAGGCUACCAUGGAAAUGGAGAACAAUGUUACAGGCUAUCCUGUACUCAAAAUUCUUGCUUUCAAGGAGUGGAAUGCGAGGAAUCUGCUGAAGGUCCGCGAUGCGGGUCUUGCCCUCAAGGGUACAGCGGAGAUGGCAUACGUUGCCAGCACGUCUGCGAUUCACAUAGACCAUGUGGUGACAGACCGUGCCGACCUCUCAGUCGGAGCCCAUUUUACGAGUGUGAAUCUUGCCCUAGUGGAUAUGAAUGGAAUGGAUACAAGUGUUCUGACAUAGACGAAUGCGAUUUAAUCCGGCCUUGUGACGACUUGGUCUCCUGUCGAAAUGAAGAAGGCGGCUUUGUCUGCGGCCCCUGUCCAUCUGGUUACGAGGGUAGUUCUGGAUGGAGAGGAUCCGGAGACGAGAAGAGAAGAGAACAGUGUGUCGAUAUUGACGAAUGUAGCGAUGGAAGAGCCGAUUGUCCUAGAGCGAGAUUGUGUGUUAAUACUCCGGGCUCCUAUACUUGCGUUCCCUGCGGCGGUAACUACUACAUCAAUACCACUCGCCCGUGCUAUCCACGGUCCGACAUCGCCGAGUCUCUGACCAUUCGCUGUGACCCCGCGUACUGCCGGCGGUACAACGCAGUCUGCGGCUAUGGAGCUAAAUGUAUUUGUGCUACUGGGUGGGCUGGCAACGGCACAGUUUGCGGUCCAGACCGCGAUUUAGACGGGUAUCCCGAUCAAGAGCUACCCUGCUCCGAAAUCCAUUGCAAAGCUGACAACUGCCCAGAUGUCUCCAACUCUGGGCAAGAAGACGCGGAUGGUGACGGCAUGGGAGACUCUUGUGACCCUGACGCCGAUGGAGAUGGAAUUGCUAAUCAUCCGGAUAACUGCCCACUGAUCGCUAAUCCCGACCAAUUGGACCGCGACGAGGAUCGAAGCGAUAAAAGAGGGGAUGUGUGUGAUAACUGCCCCAGGAGAUAUAACCCGGAGCAGGUUGACACGGACAAGGACGGUAUUGGUGAUGUGUGUGAUCCUGACAUGGACAACGAUGGAAUCCCCAACGAAGAAGACAACUGUCCAAUAGUAUACAAUCCUCGACAAGACGACGUGGACGGCGACAGAGUCGGUGACGCCUGCGACAAUUGUCCACGAGUACGGAACCCUUCUCAAGAGGAUAUUGAUCGCGAUAAUGUUGGCGACGCUUGCGACAGCGAUGUUGAUAGAGAUCGGGAUGGAAUUCAAGAUGGUUUGGACAACUGUCCCAAUGUGCCUAAUAGCGACCAGCAAGACGUGGACGGUGAUGAAAAAGGGGACGCGUGUGAUGACGAUGAUGAUGGGGAUGGCAUCCCUGAUUUCCAGGAUAACUGUCCUUUGGUAGCCAAUCCUGAUCAGAGGGAUUCUAACAAUGACUACAUCGGAGACGUCUGUGACAAUGACUACGACGGUGACACAGUUAUCAACGAGCUGGACAACUGCCCCAACAACUCCAGGAUUCACAGAACUGAUUUCAGGAAAUACAUGACAGUCCGCCUAGACCCUGAGGGCGAAUCGCAACAGGACCCUAACUGGGAGGUGAACAACGAGGGCGCGGAGAUCCUCCAGACCUUAAACUCGGACCCGGGGCUCGCGGUGGGCUUCGAGUACUUCGGCGGCGUGGAUUUCGAGGGAACUCUCUUUGUGGACACCCAAAUUGAUGAUGACUACGUUGGAUUCAUUUUUGGAUAUCAGAACAACAAGCGUUUCUACGUGGUGAUGUGGAAGAAGAACACACAGACAUACUGGCAGACGACGCCGUUCCGGUCCGUGGCCGAGCCGGGGAUUCAGCUCAAACUGGUCAAGUCAAAAACUGGACCGGGCAAGACACUGAGGAACGCGCUUUGGAAUACCGAGUCUACGCCAGAUCAGGUCACCCUUCUAUGGAAAGACCCUCGCAAUGUCGGUUGGCGUGAGAAGACCGCUUACCGCUGGCGACUUCUCCACAGACCGAAAAUCGGCCUCAUCCGACUCAAAGUGUACGAGAACAACCGGCUCGUCGCCGAUUCUGGGAACGUAUACGACUUGACGCUCAGAGGGGGAAGACUGGGGGUGUUCUGCUUUUCGCAAGAGAUGAUCAUUUGGUCCAACUUGGUCUACAGAUGUAAUGAUAAAAUACCAUCGAACAUAGUCUCCGAAAUACCAACCAGACUCCUGAAAAAGUUGGAAGUCGACCACGAUUUCAUCUACACAUAGACAUUGUAUAAAUAAGUUAAAAUGUUAUUAAGUAUUAAUUUCCUAUUUUAUUGUAUUUUCUGUAAAAAAAGUGCCAUUUUCAACGUAACAUUUUAGGUAUUGUAAGAAUAAUUCAAUAUAUUUAUGAAAUUAUAAUGUCAUUGUGUUCUUAUGAUGAAAAUAUAAAUUAAGUACAAGUGAAGAAAAUAUUAUUUCCAACGAAU